AUGGCGCUCCGCAGGGCGACCUCCAGGCUCUCCCGCGACCUGAACGGCCUGCUGGCGCCGCGUGCCAUCGUGCCCGCGGCGUUGCAGGACGCCGCGCCCAUCGUCGACGACCGCGGGCCCGCUUCAGGCCUCGGGGGCGUGCGGUUCGGCUCCCAGGAUGCGGUCAAGCAGCGGAUGAAGUCUGUGCAGAACAUCCAGAAGAUCACAAAGGCCAUGAAGAUGGUUGCCGCGUCCAAGAUGCGAUCGGCACAGACCGCAACAGAGAAGUCGCGAGGAAUGGUGAAGCCCCUUGUGCGGAUGUUGGGUGACAUGCCUGCUGCGGCUGCGGACAAGAACCUGACGAUGCCGAUUUCGACCGACAAGGGGCUUUGUGGUGGCAUCAACAGCACGGUGUCGAAAUACGCACGCGUUCUGCACAGGAUGAACCAAGCAGAUGGGAAAGAUAGUUCAGUUAUCGUUAUUGGUGAGAAGGCGAAGCUGCAGCUUGCUCGUGACUUCCCAGAGAACAUACAGAUGACUUUUGCCGAUCUUGGGAAAGUGAAGAUCACCUUCUCUCAGAUCAGUCAGGUUGCUGAUGAUAUCUUGAAGACCGACUUUGAUGCGGCUCGUAUCAUUUUCAACCGGUUCGUCAACUCAAUCUCGUUCAAGCCCACGAUUGCAACCAUUCUGGCGCCAGACAGCUUAGAGAGGAACCUUGACUCUGGAGACCUGGAUGCAUAUGAGAUCGAGGGGCCUGAUAGGUCUGAGUUGCUGCUGGACCUCUGCGAAUUCCAGUUAGCAGCGACGCUCUACAAUGCUGUGCAAGAGAAUAAUUGCAGUGAGCACGCGUCGCGGAUGAUGGCAAUGGAAAACUCCACAAAGAACGCUGCGGAGAUGUUGGGACAGCUCACGCUAAUGUACAACAGAACCCGCCAAGCCAGCAUUACCCGGGAGCUCAUCGAGAUCAUCUCCGGCGCAUCGGCGCUUGAGGGUUAG